CUUAGUACUCAUUUAUUCCUAAAUCCUAACCCACUCAGGGGUGAAUGUAUUGUCCAAAUUAUGGUGCACGUAAAUUCAUAAUCUUUUUGCAAAACUAAACUGCAGCAUUAAUUUAUUAAUGCUAGAGUACCUGGUAAUCACUGAAUGGUUUACAACUUCUUUUUGGUUGUGUCUGACCAAAAAGAGGACAAAAAAGGUUGCAUGUUAGCUCUCAGGUGUAACAGAAGCUCUAAAACUGUUGAUAAAUAAAGCCAAAAACUUUACAAGAAAAAGGGGGCCAGUGAUAAAUUGUACUAGUGCAGUUGAUGAAACCAAGGGCUGAUUUUUCUUGAAUUUCUUCUCUGUUUCUGGGUUUUUGUUCUCUUGUGGGUGAAUGUUGCUGCAUGCAAGCUAAUGGAUUCUGACUGAUUCUUCCAUUUACUGGGAGUGAUAAAUUUUCUUUUUUUCUGUGGGGUUCUCGUGGAACAAAUGUCCUUCGUUGUGAAUCAUUGGGCUUUGCACAUUUUCAAGAUUAGAACUUUAGUUCUUUUUGCAGUGAAUAAAGGGUUUUGAAAUUGAUUCCUGGAUUGGUUGAUUGCUUGUUGUGAAUCAUUGGGCUUUGUGAACUUCGUUCUUCUUAAGGUGAAUAAAGGGGUUUGAAAUUGAUUUCUGGAUUGGUUGAUUGCUAGCUGUGAAUCAUGGGGCUUUGCAUUUCAAGAUUAGGACUUUAGCUUUUGGUGUGGUGAAUAGAGGGGUUUGAAAUUGAUUUCUGGAUUGGUUGAUUGAUCAGUUGAGUGGGAGUAUAUAUUAAGUACUGGUGAAUGGUAACUCGUGGGAUGGGAUCUCAGGGGGGUGGUGGGGGUGUAAAAGAAGCAAAGCCAAAUGCUUUGGCUAGGCAAGGAUCACUGUACAAGCUCACUCUUGAUGAAGUUCGAAAUCAAUUGGGGAAUUGUGGGAAACCACUCAAUAGCAUGAAUCUUGAUGAGUUUGUUAAAACUGUAUGGACUAUUGAGGCUAGCCAAGAACUAGGGGGAAAUGAUUACGUGGCAGUGGAGCACGGGGCUUCUCUGCAGCGACAAUCAAGCAUUACUAUGUCCAGGGAUCUCAGCAAGAAGACUGUCGAUGAGGUGUGGCAAGAUAUUCAGCAGGGGGUAAAAAUAGAUAGCGUUGAUAAGAGAAGCCAGGAGAGGCAACUUACUUUAGGUGAGAUAACUCUGGAGGAUUUCUUGGUCAAGGCUGGAGUUAUUGCUGAAUCGACCCAAGGCAAGAGAAUUUCUGGUUUAGUUUCAGGGGUUGAUUCAAUGUCGUUGACGCAACAAGCUCAGUGGCCACAUUAUCAAACCCCGCCAAUGCAUCAGGCACCAGAACAGCAGCAGAAUAUUCUACCAGCUUUUAUGCCAGGCCAUCCAGUUCAACAGCCUUUACCUCUUGUUGCUAACCCAAUUAUCGAUGCACCUUAUCAUGAAACUCAGGUGGCUAUGUCUCCAUCGCAUUUAAUGGGAACAUUAUCAGACACACAAACAUCUGGAAGAAAGCGAGUUGCUCCAGAUGAUGUGAUCGAAAAGGGUGUCGAAAGGAGGCAGAAGAGGAUGAUUAAAAAUAGGGAAUCUGCAGCUCGGUCACGAGCAAGAAAGCAGGCUUACACCCAGGAAUUAGAGAACAAGGUUUCACGGCUUGAAGAGGAGAAUGAAAGACUUAAGCGACAGAAGGAGAUUGAGAAUAUUUUACCAAGUGUUCCACCUCCAGAGCCUAAGUAUCAGCUCCGCAGAACAAGUUCAGGCCCUAUCUGAGAUAACUUCAUGUAUAUGAAUGGUGCUUUUUAAUGUCAUUGAAAAUUUCAACAGCUACUAGUGCUUCUUUCUCAACAUACUUGUUCAGGAGACUGCCUUGGUAACCUCUCCAAGUGAUUCAUAGUCGAUGUGUACUCCCCCUCAUAUGUAAUGUGUCCUUGUAUGUGAAGUUUAAUAGUUUGGGAACUGAAAACAUGGUUUUGGUAGUUUUUUUUCACAGUUUAUGUGUCUAGAAAAUGAGAGACAUAUAUAGUUUAGGGUCAUCGUUUAGUAGAUACGAAGGCCAUAAAACAGCCUGGACUCGGUCUCCGUUUAAGAAUCAAGUGACUCAUUUUCUUCUU